AUGUCAAAUCAUGAGCCCAAAGCGAAGCGAUCAAAAUUCAUUGACUCAUGGUUUAAAAGAACAAAUGUUGAGUCUUCAAGUUCAAAUGUGGUUUCUGAACCUUCCAUAUCCUCUCCAAAUAUUGAUGUUGAACCCCAACCUUCCAUUCCUGAACCACAAAAUAAUAUCAACGCUCUUGAACGUGAUCCUGGAUUACGUUGUGCCAUAUGGAAAUAUCCAGUCAAUGAGCGUGAUAGUAUUCGAAAAACCUAUGUUUUGUUGGGUCCAUUUCAACCUGAGUUAGAAUUUCCAUUCACUGAACAAGGGAGUCAACAACGUAGAUUUCAGUUUUCUUGGUUCAAGGACAAUCCAUGGCUUGAAUAUUCAAUUGCUCUUGAUAGGGUGUAUUGCUUCCCUUGUUUUCUAUUUGACACUGAAGAUUCUCAGCAUACAGCAUUCACCGUUGAUGGGUUUAAGGCUUGGAAGAGAGUUUGUGGUAGUGAUAAUGUGUUGAUGAAGCAUGUAGGAGGCCUUAAUUCUCCCCAUCAUGCUGCAAUGCAAAAAUGGGAUUUAUUAAGAAAUCCUACCAAACAAAUUGAAACAAUUUUUCAGUCAAAAUCUAGUAAGGAUAUAGAGGACAAUCGAUUGAGGCUUAAGGCUUCAAUAGAAAGUGUAAGAUUGCUAGCUAAUCAAGGAGCUGCUUUUAGAGGCCAUGAUGAAACUGAAAACUCAUUGAAUGCGGGAUAUUUUAGAGAAGUCAUAAAAUCUUUUUCAAGAAUGAGUAUUGAGGUUGAGAGAGUUGUUUUGGGAAAUGCUCCCGGAAAUGCCAAGUACAUUAGUCCAUCAAUUCAAAAGCAACUUCUAAAUAUUCUUGGUAAUAAAGUGAGGAACAAGAUACGUGAAGAAGUUGGAGAUUCCAAAUAUUGUAUUCUUGUUGAUGAAGCAGUAGAUAUAUCUAGUAAGGAACAAAUGGCCAUUAUUUUGAGGUUUGUUGAUUGUCAAGGUAUUAUUCGAGAACGAUUUUUUAAGAUUGUGAGUGUUCCUAACACUACCUCACAAACUCUUAAAGAUGAGAUUUCUAAAGUACUUACUAUGUACAAUCUUCAAGUGAGAAAUAUGCGUGGUCAAGGAUAUGAUGGUGCUAGUAAUAUGAGAGGUAUUUAUAAUGGGUUACAAGCAUUGUUUCUUGAAGAGUGUCCUUAUGCUUAUUAUGUGCAUUGUUUUGCUCACCGCUUGCAAUUGUCAUUGAAUGCUACAGCUAAAGGGGUGCCGGAGAUUUGGCAAUUAUUUUCAAGUUUAAGUUUAAUUGUGAAUUUUGUUGAUUCUUCUGCUAAGCGUCAUUCUGCAUUAAAAGCUGUGAGAAAGGAAGAAAUUGCAGAUUUGGUAGCGUGUGGCCAACUUCAAACAGGUACUGGUGCUAAUCAAGUUUGUACUUUGCAACGAGCUGCUGCUACACGUUGGAGCUCACAUUUUCGUUCAAUUAAGAGUUUGAUUGAAUUGUUUAGUUCAACCAAAAAAACUCUUAAUUAUAUGAUUGAGCAAGGACCCAAGGAAUUGCAAGGAGAAGCUGUGGCUGUUCUUAAAGCUAUGAUGUCUUUUGAUUUUGUGUUCUGCUUGCUUCUAAUGCACAAAUUGAUGAAAAUUACUGAAGUUCUUUGUCAGACAUUGCAGCGAAAAUCUCUUGACUUCGUACAUGCUAUGAAGUUUGUUGGACAUACAAAAUCAUUUCUUCAAGAGAUGAGAGAAGAAGGCUGGGAUGACUUGGUAAGAAAUGUUGAAACUUUUUGUGAGAAACAUGAUAUUGAUAUGCCUGAUAUGAAUGCUCGUUAUAAGGAUGGUACAGGUCGUCGUUGCCAACAAAGAGAUUUCAUUACAGUUGAGCAUCAUUACCAUAUAGAUGUCUUCAAUGCUUUAGUUGAUUUUCAGUUGAGCGAGUUGAAUAGAAGAUUCUCAGACCAAACAUCUGAACUUCUUAUACUUAGUUCAACCUUGGAUCCUCGUGAUAACUUCAGUAAUUUUAAAACUGAAGGUGCAUGCAAUCUUGCAAAGAAGUAUUAUCCUGAAGAUUUUGUUGAUAGUGAAAUGUUUGCUCUAGAAUUAGAGUGUGCAUAUUAUGAGAAGGAUAUGCGUAGUGAUCCAAAGUUCCAGAAUUUGGAAUCCAUUUCUGAUUUGUGCAGAAUGUUGGUUCAAUCAAGGAAGUCAGAAUUUUUCCCUAUGCUUUAUAGAUUGAUUUGUCUAGUUUUGACUAUUCCUGUUUCUACGGCGACCACUGAAAGGGCAUUUUCAGCUAUGAACAUCAUUAAGAAUAAACUUAGAAACAAGAUGGAGGAUGAGUUUCUUGGUGAUUGUAUGGUCCUUCACAUUGAGAAAGAAUAUGCUGAAUCUAUUGACAAUGAAUCGGUGAUCAAAGAGUUUGAAGCUUGUGGAACUCGUAGAGUUAGAUUUAGUUAG